CGUGACACGCGGCGGCGAUCUAGAUGGUUGAAUAACUCCCGAAACUGCUCUAUUUAAGAAGAAGACACACUUAUUACCCCUCUCCAACUUGAAGCUUAACACACAACAUUCAGUUCUGUUGUUGCCAAUCUCUUUUCAUCUAGUCUGACCUGUGGAGAAAGAAUGGCCAUCUUCUGUUUUCUUGUAGACCAGAGGAAGAAAGUCCGAGGGAGGAAGCCGGCGGCCGGUUUAUGCUCAAGGUGUGGAGGAGGAGCAGUGGUGGCUGACAUGAGAACCUCCACAAGAUUCUGCGGGGUUCCCUUUUACCGCAAAGCUUGGAAGGCCAUUGUCUGUCACUUCUGCGGCGCUGUACUCAAAUCAUACCACUGAUAACUGAUGAACCUUACCAUAUUUGUUUUUGUUGUUUUUCUAAUCCCAUUUGAAUCAAGCUUUUUUUGUUUUUCUAAAUCCAUUUGUUUGUUCUAAUGAAUCAAGAUUUUUUUGUUUUUCUAAUUCCAUUUGUUUGUUUUAAUGAAUCAAGCUUUUUUUUUGUUUUUCUAAUUCCAUUUGUUUGUUUUAAUGAAUCAGGCUACUUGCCAUUGUAUGUAA